AUGCGUGUCCGCAAAGAGGAGCUUCGAUUGCGAUUGACGGAACGUAUACAUCUGAAGAGCCCUCAACCAGCAGAAAACCCAGGUAGAACUACAAUCAUACCCGACGUGGUUUUGCAUCACGACACAUUCGACAACUUUGGCAAGACUGGGUGGAGCAGAUGCGGUUUCAAUCCUGCAAAGGAAGACAAGGAGUACAUCUUUGUUGUCAGCGAAGAGGAUGGAGACCUCAUUGAAGAACUAUGGAAGUCAUUCUCCGACUUCUUUGCACGCUAUAGUGAUUCUGCCCUUGCUAAUGUCACCUGUUCCAUCAAAAUGACUGCCAAGCUUUCGGUGAGUCAGAAAGGAGCACUAAUUGGACAAAAGGAGUGGCGCAUGGGAAUCACUAUCAGCAAAGCAAAUGUCGUCGAUUUGGUAGAUGUCUUUAAGCUUCGCACCCAAGUUGCUUAA